AUGGUGAAUUUCACAGAGAAUGCAACUGAGAAGUGCAUUAUUAAUCAUGAUAUCCACCAGACAUUGUCCCCUGUGGUAUAUAUAUUUGUAUUUAUAGUCGGCUUGCCAGCUAACUGCCUGUCACUGUACUACGGGUAUUUACAGAUCAAGGCUAAAAAUGAAUUGGGUAUCUACCUUUGCAAUUUGACUGUAGCAGACCUGCUUUACAUAUUUUCUUUGCCUUUUUGGCUGCAGUAUGUUUUACAGCAUGAUAAUUGGACCUACAAUGAGGUCCUGUGCAAAAUUUGUGGCAUCCUCUUGUAUGAGAAUAUCUAUAUCAGUGUGGGCUUCCUCUGCUGCAUCUCCAUUGACCGCUAUCUCGCAGUAGUGCACCCUUUUCAGUUUCAACGGUUUCGGACAAUGAAGGCUGCUGUGGUUGUGAGUAUCAUUAUCUGGACCAAAGAAAUAUUGACAUGUUGCUUUGUCUUUACUCACGGGGAGAUCAGUAUGGAUGCCGAGAGCCACGUGGUGUGCUUCGAGCAUUACCCCAUCAAAGAAUGGGAACACAAUGUCAAUUACUACCGCUUCUCAGCUGGUUUCCUUUUCCCCUUCUUUCUGCUGGCCUUUUCUUACUGUGGGAUUUUACGAGUUGUCCACAAGAGUCACGGCACUCAAAAGAAGAAGAAAAUCCAAAUUAAACGACUCGUUUCAAGCACUGUUUUCAUUUUUUUAGUUUGCUUUGGACCGUACCAUGUCCUACUUGUGGUUCGCAGCUUGUUGGAGAACAACUGCAUGUUUGCUGAGAAAAUAUUUAAUAUUUACCAUGUUUCUCUCCUGUUGACUACUUUUAACUGUGUUGCUGAUCCAGUAUUGUACUGUUUUUCCAGUGAAAGCACUUACCAGAAUUUUGUCAAGAUGCGAGACUCUUGUUUAAGAUGUUUAGGGUGUCUGAGGACUGAGACAAAGGAAUCUUAUCCACUAAAUGCUCCAGAAACUCCCAACAGGCUACAGCAUGAGCAACAACCAGGGUUACUACAAAUAUCCCAUGACAGUACUGAAAUGAUGGACUCCUCCAGAACUAACAUAGGGAGCCUAUAG